UGUCUUUUCAUGUAUCCUUAUAUGUUUGUGCAUGACUGUGCUUGUCCACUUUAUCUGUGUGUCUUUGUGUUUGUGUAGAACUUUUGAGGCCAGAGAGCCAGCAAUUAAAAAGAGGACUGGGACAUCUAAAGGCUUAGAGGCACAGACCCAGCACACAUGCUGGCAGUCAAUUGGCAAGCCGGGGGAGGUGAAAUUGGAGAGAGAGAUAGAGAGAGAGAGAGAGAGAGAGAGAGAACGGAGAGAAGGAGGAGGGCAGGGUGAGUGCAUGUUGGAGAGUACGGGAGAGCCAGAGAAAAGAGGGCGGGCUCAGACUCAGGCAGCGCUCACACACCCUCCUGUCCUCAGCCUUCUCAGUCUGUUCUAGGCGUGCAAGAGGCAGCAUGUGUGAGUAUGUGCUGUAAUGUGUGUGUAUGUGUGUGUGUGUGUGUUUAGAGUCCCAACGUUGCGCUGGAGUGCAGGAGACGUCUUACCGGUGCAAGGAUUUCCCUGUUUCCUCUCAGAACGGACACGUGCUGACAGUGUUUUAACCACCACAGGGAAUUAACUGUUACACACACACACAGGUGUGGAGCACAAGUAAAGGGCGGACUGACACCACCGUUUGAGGAUGUGUGCAAGAUCGUGCAGUCGGUGAAAGGCAACACCACAGUGAGGUGGGGAUGCUGGUGAUGCGGCUGCUUAACCACAGUUGAAUCAUGGGAAACGUGGAGAGUCAGAAUGGGGACAGUGGUUUCUACGGUGAUGUGACGGGACAACUCUCCCGUAAGCACACGUCCCGCUCACUCCGUCUCUCCAGCAAGCAGCCGAUCACCCGCCGCUCCCGCCACUCUUCUUCAGUGAAACAGGAACACAGGAACUCUGAAGCCUCAACCCGCUCCUCCAGCACGCCGAGCAUCCCACAGUCGUUAGCGGAGAACGGACUGGAACCUUUCAACGCAACAGAUGCGUUCGGGGAGUUUGGCAUCAACCCUCACUGGACACAGCGCGUCGCUAUGACAAUGAGGCCGGAGUCCUACCAGCAGGAUGAUGACCCCUUGGCCACGCCAACUCCCGAAACCUCAGAGGCGGACACUGUUGCUCAGGAUGGAGGAGAGGACUCCAUGGGGGAGGGGGAGGGAGACACUGUUGGAGAGGAAAGGUACCUCCAGCGGAUGACUGAGGGCCCCCGGGAGGGAGGGAGCUUUAAAAAGAAGCGGUCGAAGUCGGCGGACAUGUGGAGAGAAGACAGCCUGGAGUUCUCUCUGUCUGACCUGAGUCAGGAGCAUCUGACCAGCACGGAGGAGAUGGUGGAUGGAGGAGAAGAAGAGGAGGAGGAACAGUUCACACGGCCCAGUGCAGGCUCAGCUGAAAGGGCAUCGUCUCUGGACCAUCUGUGCAGCCAGCAGAGCCCUGGCCUCAGGGGGCAGAGGAGCCGCUACGCUAAAAACCGGAGAGAGGCUGAGUGUGAUGGAGAUGGAGAAGGGGAGGAGGGGUUGAUGUCUCCGACUGAGGAGGAUGGCGGCGGGUAUGGAGCGUUCACGCUCCCUUGCCGACGGUCCCACUGCCUGUCUGAGGGCUUGGCAGGGCUCGGCAUCCCAGCUGCACCGUGCCCGGCUUUCCAGGGACGCCGCGCACAAACUACUCAGGACAUCUCGGGUGUUUUGGGCGAGGGAAGUGAGUAUGGUGACAGUGGCAUUGACGGCGUCACCGCGGAGAUAGACGGGGACGGAGAGUUGGUGUCACGGCGCUGUAAGGCCAUGUCGGCCUCCUUCUCGGUGUACUCGGCAACUGAGAGCAGUGUUUUCAACGGCAGCGACAGUGGAAGCAGCAGCGCAGGAGGAGGAGAGGGAAGAGGUGGCGAAGGAGGAAGGGGAGGAGUGUAUGAGAAUUUCCGGAAGGAGCUGGACAAUCAAGCCUGGACACAUCAGGGUCGGGACUGCACGGAGGAGGCUGGCUCCGCUGUGAGUGAUGAGCAGAGCAGCGGCACGCUCAGUAGUGCGUAUCCGUCGGACACUCUGAUCGGCUGCGCACAAGGCACAGUCAGGAAAGCGGGGGCUCUGGCUGUGAAGAACUUCCUGGUUCAUAAGAAAAACAAGAAGGUGGAACCUGCAACAAGGCGCAAGUGGAAACACUACUGGGUUUCUCUGAAAGGCUGCACCCUUUUCCUGUACGAGUCAGACUGUCGUUCGGGUAUCGACCAUAACAGCGUUCCUAAACACGCGCUGUGGGUGGAGAACAGCAUCGUUCAGGCCGUACCUGAACACCCCAAGAAAGACUUUGUCUUCUGCCUCAGCAACUCGGUGGGAGACGCGUUCCUCUUCCAGACGUCAGGUCAGACAGAACUGGAGAACUGGAUCACGGCGAUCCACUCUGCAUGCGCCGCUGCUCUCGCUCGGCAGCACCACAGAGAGGACACGGUGCGGCUGCUGCGAACCGAGAUCCGCAAGCUGGAGCAGAAGAUAGACAUGGACGAGAAGAUGAAGAAGAUGGGAGACAUGCAGCUGUCCACCGUCACCGACGGCAAGAAGAGGAAGACCAUACUGGAGCAGAUCUUCUUGUGGGAGCAGAACUUGGAGCGGUUUCACAUGGAUCUGUUCCGCUGUCGGUGCUACCUGGCCAGUCUACAAGGCGGCGAGCCCCCAAACCCCAAACGCCUGCUGGGCUUCGCUUCGCGUCCGACCAAGCUGGCCAUGGGACGACUGGGCAUCUUCUCAGUUUCUUCCUUUCAUGCGCUGGUGUCGGCCCGUACUGAAAGCAGCAUCAGGAGGCGAAGCCAGGCCAUGCCUCGUACCUUCAGCAAACGCCGAAGCCGUUUCUCCUCCCUCUGGGGGCUGGACACCGCCUCUAAGAGGAAGACCAAGGGACACCCCUCCAUUAACCAGGUAUUCGUUGAUGGGAUGGAGCCUGUGAGGAAGCCUUUGGAGCUCAUGUUUGAAGACUCUGCCAGUGAGAAAUCUAAGGAGAGAGAGAGCUCUGUGAAAAGUCUUCCUCAGCAGAACGUAGACACCGACAUUUGGGUCCCCGAUUACCUGACUCCGUCCUGGGUGUGUCUGCCGAACAAUCAGCCCGUCCUGGCCAUCAUACAGCCUGGGGAGACAGCGCUGGAAGUCCUGAGCGCCAUCUGCAAGACGCACAAGAUAGACCCAUCCAGCCACUACCUGCGUUUGAAAGUGUGGGUUGAAAACCAGAUGCUCUUCUUCGUUCCCAAACUUGAAGACGACAUCUCCGAUCUGCUCUACAAAGAGAUUGAGAUCUGCCCCAAAGUGACCAAGGUGAUCCAGUUUGACAACACCGAGUCCUGCACCAUCGGAUAUGGUUUUUCUGUGGCUGUUAUAGAUGAGGAUGGAACGCAGCAGUUGCAUAUUACCGAAGUGAAAGCGGGGGGACUGGCUGCAGCUAAAGGUUUGAAAGCAGGGGAUGAGAUCCUGUUGCUGAAUGGUAAACCUGCAUCUGCCCUCCAAAUGGAUGAUAUGAGGGCUGCCUUUGUAAACCAAGCGCUGACCGUGAGCAUCAGCACCCUGCCCCAGCUGGACCCUCGGGUGCUGUGCUCCCAGCCACGGCGGCGCUCCGAUGCAGAGCAGGACCCAGCCACAGACAUCUUCUCCCAGAGCCAGGAAGACAUCCUGGAUGAGGUGUCAGGGUUGACAGUGGAGAGCCCAGAUGAGAGUUUGGAGGAAGGGCCUCGGCUGACCCCGCAGAGCCCCGGAGAUCCUCAGGAAGACAAAACCUGCACAGGGACUGGACAGAAGAGCACGGAGCAGGUCACUGCUUUCUGCCGCAGUCUCCAUGACAUGAAUCCCCUGGAGUGCCCUAUGUCAUGCUCCUCAUCGUCAUCUUCAUCAUCCCUCUCGCCGAGCCCCGUGUCAGCUUUGCCGCCCACAGCAGGAACUGCCACUCAGAGGCAGCUCUCCCACGCGGACAAGCUUCGCAAGGUCAUCAAUGAACUUGUAGACACAGAGAAGACUUACGUCAAAGACCUGAGCUGCCUGAUAGAAUGCUACUUGACACCUUUGCAGAAGGAGAGCUUCCUCACACAGGAUGAGCUGGACGUUUUGUUCGGUAACCUCGCGGAGAUGGUGGAGUUCCAGGUGGAGUUUCUCCGGACACUGGAAGAUGGAAUCAGACUGGUGCCAGAUCUGGACAGACUGGAAAGGGUGGAGCAAUUUAAGAAAGUGCUGUUCUCCCUGGGUGGUUCAUUUCUGUAUUAUGCCGAUCGCUUCAAGAUCUACAGCGCCUUCUGCGCCAGUCACACCAAGGUGCCAAAGGUCCUGGCUAAAGCAAAGACCGACCCAGAUUUCAAGGCUUUCCUGGCUGAGAGAAACCCCAGACAGCAACAUUCAUCCACUCUGGAGUCUUACCUAAUCAAACCCAUCCAGAGGGUCCUGAAGUACCCGCUGCUGCUGAAGGAGCUCUAUUCUCUCACUGACCCGGACAGUGAGGAACACUACCACCUGGAUGUUGCAAUGAAGGCCAUGAACAAGGUUGCGAGUCACAUCAACGAGAUGCAAAAGCUUCACGAGGAGUACGGAGCUGUUUUCGACCAGCUCAUCAAUGAACAGACCGCAGACAAAAAAGAGGUGGCUGACCUCUCAAUGGGGGAUCUUUUGCUACAUUCUACAGUGGUGUGGAUCAACCCGCCAGCCUCACUGGUCAAGAGCAAAAAGGACCCAGAUUUGGCUGCUUUUGUGUUCAAAACGGCAGUUGUAUUUGUCUACAAAGACUGCUCCAAGCACAGGAAAAAAAUGGGUGGAUCUCAUCGUGCGUCUGUGAGCGACGACAAGGAUCCUUUCCGUUUCCGUCACAUGAUCGCGACAGACUCUCUGCAAGUCCGUGCCCUUGCAAACUCGGAGGGUACAGCCGUCUGUGAGAUAGUUCACACAAGAUCCGAAUCUGAAGGAAGACCAGAGAGAACCUUCCAGUUGUGCUGCAGUUCUCCAGACAGUAAGAAGGACUUCCUGAAAGCAGUCCACUCCAUCCUUAGGGAGAAGCAGCGCCGCCAGCUUCUUAAGACCGAGUCUCUCCCGCCCAACCAGCAGUAUGUCCCGUUCGGGGGCAAACGCCUGUGUGCCCUCAAAGGAGCACGGCCCGCCAUGAACAGAGCAGCUUCGGCUCCAUCUCGAACGCUAGCCCGCAGGAAGCUGGUGAGGAACCGCUUCACCAUCGAUACCGACCUGGUUUUCCAUGGCAACAACAACAACAGCAACGAUUCCGACCCCUCCUACCCUUCCUCCUGCUCGCCUCUGUUCCAGCACGCCCUCCUCCAACCCCACAAACCUCAAGGAGAGGACACAGACCGAUGGGUGGAAGAGCAGUUUGACCUCGGUUGCUACGAAGACCAGGGAGAGGGCAUCGGCGUGGGGCAGGUGAAGGAGACGGACAUUUUAAGUGACGAUGACGAGUACUGCAAGUCUGUCCGAGCUGCGUCGGCAGAACCGGCCGACCUGGAGGGGAAGAUGGAGGGACUCGACCUAGAGGGCGGAGAGGUGAGGAGCCACAACCUGAACGGACAGGUAAAGACUCGAGGUGAGAUCGCACAGAGUCUGACGCAGGAGGAAGUUGAUCGGAUAAAGCACGGUGAUGGUUCAGGUGCGGUAGACUCCUUCACCGCCUGUGGUGUCUCUCUGUCCCGCUGUGCGACCCCGACUCUAAAGCUUGCUCCGCUGAAGCAGUGUGCUGCGGAGGAGGCCACAAACAACGACCAUGACGUUGUCUGGGUGCGACGGGACGACUAUGCUAACGGGUGCAACAGUGACGUCUUCUGAAAUAAUAAUAAUAAUAAUAAUGAUAGACAACAAGAUGAAGAAAGGAGAUGAAUGGCGGUUUCUUCCACUUAAGAAGUGCGAGAAAUUGGGGGAUAGAAUGGAUACAAGCUUUAAAUUUAUAGAAGGAGAACACUUGUAUAGAAGGUAUUAAACCUCAGCCAGUCCUCCCUGUGUGACAACACAUCCCUCUUCUUCCCACCUCACCUGCAUCUCCCCUAUUCAAACAAUCCUAAAGUACCGAAACACCGAGUGAGUAAGGAAAAAAAAAAAGGAAAACCUACUCGGCUUCAUUUGAGGAAUCUUGAGACCUAGAGAUUCUCAUCCCGAGCUGCUUCAAAGGGAACUAGAAAGAAUACAGAGUCUUCACUGUCUCGGACAUACACCCAGGCAUUUCACGCACCUGUGGAACCGUAUGUGAACGUAUCAACAAGACGGCACUGCAUGCACACGCAAGUAAACAAGCCAGUGUGUUGUUUUGUCCACUGUAAGUGCAUAAUAGAACACAGAAGCACAGAGACUCUAGGCAGCUACCGUUCCAUGCACACGUUGUACUGAAGAGACGUCAUCGCUGAACUGUGACCUUCUGGCCAAAAAUGUCUAUUUUUCAACACAGGAAUGUGGGUGUUAUAUUUUUCUGACUCAGAAACUGUGUUUGUAUUUUAACACUCAAGGGCUGUGUGUUACUGAACUUCUCUUCAGGGGCUUUUGGCUUAGCGACUGCUGUGGAAAAGAUGGUGAGACCCGACUAGCUUUAUUGUGCUUUUUAUUAUUUUUAACUUAAUAUCAGCCGCACAUUGGUGUAUAGUCAGGAGUACGAUAGUGCCGUUAACAUCCUUGUAUAAAAAAAUGUUUUGAAGCUCACUUUUGCCUCCUCUAAUAUCCUUUUAAAAAAGAUAGUUUGGACAACAGAUAAGUCUGCCGAUUCUUUAUUUAAUUAUUGCAUUUUUACUGUCAUUUUUAAUGUUUACACCACAUUCAGCUGCCCAGUGUUACAAACCACCGUUUGUGUGUUUGGUGCCAGAAACAGGCUUGAGAGACCCAGCUCCUGUGUCCUUCACAUGAAGGUCCAGUCUUAAUUUUCGUUGCCCCGAAUAACAUGACAUUCUUAUUUUGAUGACCAGUGUAUGAUCAUAAAUAUACUGGACCCUGAGGCCAAACUCUCUUCAUGCUCCAUGUCCUUGAUAAAUAACAGAAUAUUUCCUACAACAAUCCUGUUUUACUUGAAUUUUCUUUUGACGUUUUUGAAAACCGGUAUCCAGCAGAGCCAUGUUAGAGACUGUACCGUAACUCCAAGGACAAGAGCAAUCAUGCAGUCCGCCUCUGACCCAUUCAGACAUCAUCCUCUGGUCUCUCCAUCAUCCUCUGACCUCUGUCAUGUCGGGCAGCAUCACAAACCACAAAGAGACAGAUUUCACUCCCUACUUUAUUUCCACUCCACCCCCCUCUGCUGCAUUUCUUCUCCUGUCCACCAGGCUGUGCUGCUUCACUAUAAGUCAUCGUCACAGCAACACACUGUUGAUCAACAGUCAUCACACCUUUUAAUGGAUGUAUUGAACAUGCACUUAAUACCCAACUGUGAGGGGAGGGGGAAUCUGCGAGUUCCUCUGAUGCAGAGAGCGAGGAGAGUGGAGGGAAAUGAUACACUUUGGAUGUUUUUAUUGGGUUUUUAUUAUGAUGCUGGUUUCUUAGACUUUAGUUUACUGGGAGAUGCGGCCCAGUAAGGACGUUCAGACUGUGAGGUACAAUCAACUGGCCUUGGAGGAAAAUCCUGUGAGAACCCCUUUGACUCCUCCCUUUGUACUAAAACUGUGUUCGUACAUAAAAACUGUGGAGUAUUAUCAUUUUUAUGUUAAAAUAAAUUUUCUAAAUUUAA